AAUCUCGUUCCCUGCAUGAUUUUUCAGUGAACAACAACCACUGCGCCUAAAUACAGCCGAGGUAGGUGAGGUGAUCGCCGCUGUUUGUUCUGAGGCAUCAUCCACCCCUUCAAAUCAAAUGACUGUAUCACCCCAAUUAACUAGCAAGACUGGAAAGCCGUCGAUGGAUGUGGCUGUGAGCGUCCUAAUUAAGCUUGUUAUCGACAUGUAUGUAUUGGACGCUAGAAUUGCUGCUCCUCUUACUCUGUCCAUGCUUGAGGAAAUGCUAUGCUCUACAAAAGCAGCUUGUAGGAUUCGUGUAUUUGAUUUAAUUCUUAAUUUAGGAGUUCAUGCACAAUUAUUAGAGCCAAUGGUAAGUGAUAGCGCGACAACCAUUGAAGAAGAAUACGCCCAAGAAACAUAUAUCGACAAUGAAAAUAGGCUACUGCUGCAAGGGACAAGAACGAAAGACUUGCCGAAGAUGUCAAGCACUUCGUCAGCUAUUGAGAACUUUGAGUCUUGGAUAUUGAAAAUCUUAUUUGAAAUACUUCUUCUCCUAGUUCAGGUUGAGGAAAAAGAAGAAUGCGUUUGGGCUUCUGCUCUCAGCUGCUUACUCUAUUUUAUCUGUGAUAGAGGCAGAAUACGGAGACACCAGCUAAAUGGUCUGGACAUAAGGGUUAUCAAAGCUCUUCUGGGAACUAGCAAAAGGAAUUCUUGGUCAGAGGUUGUUCAUUCCAAGCUUAUUUGUAUCAUGACGAAUAUGUUUUAUCGAUCUCCAGAACCAGAGGGAUCUACCUUAGCAAUUUCAUGUGCCUCGAAUUUUCUUAUAGACCAGGUCGAUCUGAUUGGUGGUGUGGAGUACAUUUUCUUGGAGUACUCUUUGGCAACCACUAGAGAAGAAAGAAGAAAUCUCUACUCGGUUUUAUUUGACUAUGUCCUGCAUCAAAUUAAUGAGGCAUGUUCAGCUGCUGGUCUUUCUGAGUACACUGACGAUGAGAUUCAACCUUUGGCUGUUCGGCUUGCUCUAGCUGAUGCUCCUGAAGCUUUUUACAUUUCUGUUAAGCUUGGUGUUGAAGGCAUAGGGGAAAUCCUGCGAAGAUCGAUUGCUGCAGCAUUGUCUGGGUUCAACAACAGCGAACGACUAAACCAGCUUUUGGCAAAUAUAACAGAAAAGUUCGACACGAUAAUAGGUUCAUUUACUCACUUGGACAAAGAGUUCCUGCAUCUCAAACAGAUAACCAAAUCUUCCAAGUUCAUGGAAAGCAUUCAAGAUUUAAGAAAUGAUUUAAGUAUGUCAGUGAAUCUAGCUUGGGCUACUCUGCACUCUCUUCUUCAUUCAGAAAGGACUACAUACCGUCAAAAUGGAUAUAUCUGGUUGGGGGAUCUUCUGAUUGCGGAAAUUAGUGAAGAGAGCAGUGGAAGUAUAUGGCUGAGCAUAAAAGAUCUGCAACAAAAGAUUGCCCAUUGUGGUACCUCAGACUCUCUGGUUACUUCUGAUGUACCUGUUUCCAUUCAUCUUCUAUGUGGACUCUUAAAGUCAAGGAACAGUGUUAUCAGAUGGGGUUUCCUAUUCAUUCUGGAGAGGCUUCUUAUGCGUUCCAAGUUCUUACUAGAUGAGAAUGAGACUCAACGAUCAACUGGUGGAGUUACUACUCAGGAUCAUAAAGACAAACGCCUAGAGAAAGCAAAUGCUGUUAUAGACAUAAUGAGCAGUGCUUUGUCUUUGAUGGCACAAAUAAAUGAAACUGACCGCAUUAAUAUCUUAAAGAUGUGUGACAUUCUUUUCUCGCAAUUGUGCUUGAAAGUUUUGUCUACUGACGAUGAUGCAGUCCCCAGUUCUGCUGAUAGAAACAGUAAAUUUGAAACUUCUCAUCGUAACAGCUAUAAAGAAAGUAUAGAUGAAGCUGACACCAGGCCUCGGUACAACAAUGUCUCUGUUUCAACGUGCGAGACGGCUUCAAUGGCAGCGAUGCUUCUUCGUGGACAGGCAAUCGUUCCUAUGCAACUGGUUGCGCGUGUUCCAGCAGCUUUGUUUUAUUGGCCGUUGAUUCAACUAGCAGGUGCGGCAACUGACAACAUUGCACUUGGUGUCGCCGUUGGAAGCAAAGGAAGAGGAAAUAUUCCAGGGGCAACCUCUGAUAUUCGAGCCACCCUGCUAUUACUUCUGAUUGGUAAAUGCACCGCUGAUACAAUUGCUUUUCAAGAAGUUGGCGGAGAGGAGUUCUUUAGGGAACUCCUGGAUGAUACUGACUCAAGGGUGGCAUAUUACUCUUCGGCAUUUCUUCUGAAGAGGAUGAUGACGGAGGAACCAGAGAAGUACCAAAACAUGCUUCAGAAGCUUGUCUUUAAGGCUCAACAGAGCAAUAAUGAGAAACUGCUGGAGAAUCCAUACCUGCAGAUGUGUGGUAUACUUCAGCUAUCAAACGAGCUCUGAACUUGCGGCUCGCAUUAGCCUUCAGUUUCUUACAUAUGGCUUCUGUAAGUUCCUCGGUUUUGGAUAAUCUAAGUGAGUUACUUUACCACCACCCUAACUAUCCACUUCCUGCGGUGAAAGAAGAGAAAUUAUUGAAAGUAAAGGACAAUCUGUAGAUACUGGACUCGUCGGUCAAAGUAGCAGGGGAAUCUGGAAGUGAAUUCACUUCAGAUAUGGUUCCAUGUGUGACAGAGUUUUGUGAGUUUAUCUGGCAUCACUUAGGUUAUCUUGCACUGUCUGGUAUCUAAUCUUUCCCAAAGUGUUGGUUGAGAUCUGAAGGUUCUGAAGAAAGGUGUUGAUAGUAAAAGAGUUGGCUGAACAGGUCAAGAGGAAUGUGAUAUAAUUCAUCCGCUUUCUCCUUUUUCUGUGGGAAUGGCGCGAUUUUAAGGAACUUACAGACACUAAGCGUCUGAUCAUUUUUUGGGCUAACAAACUGAAGCUUUUUUUUUUCUUCUCUUAUGCUCUGUGUGUAAAACAAAACAUGAACAGAGGCUGGAGCUCCAGAAAUUUUAAUUUUCUUGGAGCUCUGCUUUCGUACAGUCAGGAACAAAACUAAUUAGGGUUUGUGUUGUGUAGAGAAUCAGAGAUAGAGAGGCUUUUGCCUUUUGGGUGUCGAAUGUUUUGCAUUUAAAAUGGUUAUGUGAAAAGUUGUGAGCCUAA